UACAGGCGUGUGGUGUGUCUUCCUUCAAAAAUGCCGGAUCCAGCAAAAUCCGCUCCUGCUCCUAAAAAAGGUUCUAAGAAAGCUGUCACGAAAGUGCAGAAGAAGGAUGGCAAGAAGCGCAAGCGCAGCCGCAAGGAGAGCUAUUCCGUUUACGUGUAUAAGGUGCUGAAACAGGUACACCCGGACACCGGCAUCUCGUCCAAGGCCAUGGGCAUCAUGAAUUCCUUCGUCAAUGACAUCUUCGAGCGCAUUGCCGGCGAAGCGUCGCGUCUGGCGCAUUACAACAAGCGCUCAACCAUUACUUCUCGAGAGAUCCAGACGGCGGUGCGCCUGCUGCUUCCUGGUGAGCUGGCCAAGCACGCCGUGUCCGAGGGCACCAAGGCGGUCACCAAGUACACCAGUUCAAAAUGAAGCUCCUGUUCCUGUCACCUAUUCCGAACCCAGUUUCCCCAAGAAUAUAAGCAAGACUUUCUUAUCCAAACUGCGGUCCGAGGAGUGGCAAACAAGAUGAUGAUAGUCCCCAAACCUCAAUAUUUCUUUUCUUUGACUGAGAGCUCAUUAUACAAUAAAUAUUUCAGGUGGUUUUACUAAAUGGCAGCAUAAGAAUCUAGACAGUAUCAUUAUCAACCAAUCCAAGGAACUUUGCUUUGAAUGGCCAAAGCCAGAAACAGAGAGCGAAGCAGAACUAAUUGAGCUUGAGCAGUUCUUUACCAGAGAAGGCGAUGGCACCCCACUCCAGUACUCUUGCCUGGAAAAUCCCAUGGAUGGAGGGAGGAGCCUCGUAGGCUGCAGUCCAUGGGGUCGCUAAGAGUCGGACACAACUGAGCGACUUCCCUUUCACUUUUCACUUUCAUGCAUUGGAGAAGGAAAUGGCAACCCACUCCAGUGUUCUUGCCUGGAGAAUCCCAGGGACGGGGGAGCCUGGUGGGCUGCCGUCUAUGGGGUCGCACAGAGUCGGACACGACUGAAGCGAGUUAGCAGCAGCAGUUCUUUACCACUUUCCCUCAGAGGACCCAGAUCAAGAUGAUAACUGGUCUUGGGACUGAGGUAGCACAAGGUACCCAGAAGAAGGAAUUCCUGUGGCAAAAAAAUGGAAGAUGCAGAUUUGUGAAAUGAAAUAAAGAACAA